CGCUCCCUCUAGCAGCCAGUCAGAGAAGGGAUGCUCUGAACGCAAGACUGCAGCAUCUUCACCGAGAGAACGAGCAGGAAAAAACGUCUCUUUCUCUGUGUGUUCCUCCAGCUCCGCGUCUCCUGACCCUCAUCACCCACCCCGUCACCCCUGGGUGUCUUCAUGAUCGGAGCCAGGACAUAAGAAGAAAGAAAUUAUACUAACCUACCAAUAACGCAUCGGAUUUUUGUAUUAUUGCUCCACCGACCUCUCUUUCUACGGUUGAUUUCGCCUCUUUGUCUUUCGAUUGUGUUUUUUUUGUUUUGUUUUAUUUAUUGUUCCGUUUCGCUGGCUGUUGCAGAGGAGCGCCGCCAUCCUGCACUGCCUGACAUGAGUACACUCUUUUAUCCGAUUGCAGCGGAAUGACACACAUAUCCUAGCCCGCAUCUCAGAAGGUUGAUGGAAGAUUGACGCUCCAUUUGCACGUUUUUAGUAGCCUAGAUCAUACUCCAUCUGCAGAGGUUCCGGAUUUUCCCCCUCUGAGCCGAUCGUCCGCCGCUCCAGCGUUUCUUUCUUUCUGUCCCUGCGCAGCAUCUCUGUACGCUCGGCGCACCACGGAGAAACGUGCAGCUAACCUUCCCCGUCCGUAAGAAACAGGCGUAUUUUCCAAUUCCUAAAUCGCUUUCGCUUUCUCCAAGGACUCAUCUGCACGGCUACGCUGCGUUAAAAAAAAACGGGAAAAGGGGGGAUUUAAACGCAAACGCAGCCCAAGCAUCCAAGAGCAAGCUCGAAAAUGAUGGCCGGCGGAGCAGUACAGCAAAACGGGAUUUUCUCAAAUCCUCACCAUCACAAUCAACAACCACACAUGGAGUCCGAUCCCCCGGACUCACGUAAAAGACCCCUGGAGACUCCGACGGAGGCCAGCAGCACCAAACGCACAAACACGGGAGUGGCCUUCCUGCAGCCCCUAUUUGAAACUGAAGGCAUUGUAUUCCCUCACCAAGAAACUGAGACUCAUGAGGAAGGCGAGUACUUCCUGAAGGUUUUGAUUCCCAGCUAUGCCGCGGGUUCGAUCAUCGGGAAGGGAGGUCAGACCAUCGUCCAGCUGCAGAAAGAGACCGGAGCCACCAUCAAACUGUCCAAAUCCAAAGACUUCUACCCCGGGACGACAGAGCGGGUGUGUCUGAUCCAGGGGACGGUGGAGGCACUGAACGGCGUCCAUGACUUCAUCGCUGAGAAGGUGAGGGAGAUGCCUCAGAGCACCCAGAAGACAGAGCCGGUCAGCAUCCUGCAGCCGCAGACCACCGUCAACCCCGACCGCGUCAAACAGGCCAAGCUGAUCGUCCCCAACAGCACGGCAGGGCUGAUCAUUGGUAAAGGUGGAGCUACCGUCAAGGCAGUGAUGGAGCAGUCCGGGGCGUGGGUCCAGCUAUCCCAAAAGCCUGAGGGCAUCAACCUGCAGGAACGCGUGGUCACCAUCAGCGGGGAGCCCGAGCAGAACCGCAAAGCCGUGGAGAUCAUUGUCCAGAAGAUCCAGGAGGAUCCGCAGAGCUCCUCCUGCCUCAACAUCUCUUACUCCAACAUCACAGGGCCCGUCGCCAACUCUAACCCCACUGGCUCCCCGUACGCCAACUCAACCGAGGUCAUGCCGGCCGCGGCAGCCGCUGCAGCAGCCACAGCUUCCUCUCUGCUCGGCCAAGCCAGCCUGGCUGGGGUCGGGACCUUCCCGACCACCAUGUCCAGCCUCUCAGGCAACGACCUGCUGGCCAUCACCUCCGCCCUCAACACUCUGGCCAGCUACGGCUACAACACCAACUCCCUGGGCCUGGGGCUGAACCCUGCUGCAGCCUCAGGUGUGUUAGCCGCUGUAGCAGCUAAUGCUAACCCUGCAGCAGCUGCCGCAGCUAAUUUGUUAGCGUCCUAUGCCAGCGAUGCAACCACCAGCGCAGCUCACCAAGCGGCUGGUCUUGGAGGCUUCUCCCUGGGAUCCCUGGCUGCCGCUACAGGGGCCACCAAUGGCUACUUAAGCGCUGCAUCGCCACUGGUUGCAUCAUCUCUACUGGCCACGGAGAAGCUAGCAGAAGGAGCAAAGGAAGUGGUUGAGAUUGCUGUGCCAGAAAACCUGGUGGGAGCCAUCUUGGGGAAAGGAGGGAAGACGCUAGUGGAGUACCAGGAGCUGACCGGUGCCAGGAUCCAGAUCUCCAAGAAAGGCGAGUUCAUCCCUGGAACUCGGAACAGGAAGGUGACCAUCACGGGUUCCCAGGCCGCCACGCAGGCUGCACAGUACCUGAUAAGCCAGCGAAUCACCUACGAGCAGGGGGUACGCGCCACCAACCCACAGAAGGUGGGCUAAACCUGACAGCCAAUGAGAAACGAGGAGGAAAAGAGGAAAAAAAGAGUGGGGGUUUGGGGGAGGAGUAUAAAAAAGUGAGAGUGAGAAUGGAAAAAGGAGAGGAGAGCAAGAAUGUCAGAAGGAAUCGUCCACGCCGUUUCCUUCUGCGUGUUUUCAGUAUUCUCUAUUAAAAAAAUUUUUUGACGCGAAGCAAAAAUGUGCUGAGAAGACGAGGAGGGAGAGGAGCGAGUUAUCACGCUGAAAAACCAAGAAAAAAAUGUGUAACAUGUAAAUAAGGUUUUAUUACUUAACGUCUUGACCUUUCGGGAUUUUUUAUUGUUUUGUUUUAUUGUUUUGUUUUGUUUAGUAAAUUAAGCUGUCUGUUUGUUCGUUUGUGUAUUGUGUGGACAAAGCUGAAUGCCAUGUAGACAGGCCAACUGCCUGAAAGGCUACAGGAAGUGGGGGGAGCAUGGGUGCGGAGGGGGGAGGGUUUGCGUUUACAGGGUAAAACCCUCCAACCCCCCAACGCAAAAUCCCUUAUGGAAACAACCUUUCUCCCUCCCUCCCUCCCCCUGCAGCCCACACCCGUCACCCUCCCAUAGGGUUUUUGUUUUUCUUCUUUGUUUUGAUUUGCCCCUCAGCCCCUUGCCCCGCCUCCUCCCAAAGCCCCUCUCACGACUUGCCCGCAGACUUGCCCCCCCCCCUUUUAUAAGGGUUUUAUAAUGAGCAAAACUGCAAACUUCAGCCUGGUGUGUGAGAGAAGAAACGUCCUUGACUCCCCCCAACACCUUUUACUCUCUCCCCCGCCUAUGAUCUGACCUCCCCCCUCCUCCCCUCUUUCUGGGAGAUGAAGGAAGGGUGAGGUGAAAUUGGGGAGGGGUGUGGGGGUAGAGAAUCAGUUGGCCGUUUCUUCAUUUGCGCGCCCCCCGUAUACCCUGUGAUGUAUCCCACAAGCAGUGCAGCGCUGCAGGGGUGUUACGGCAUGUAGCGCCCCCCAUACGCAGCUCUAGUGUUUGAGAUAGAAUGCCGAGGCGCACGCUGAUGACCUCACGUAGUGCGAAACCUAGAAACGACGAGAGUGAUACUGUGCAAGCUGCGGCAAACACACAGGAUCUAUGGCAUUUUUUGCAGUCUGCUGUGAUAAUUCUGUUAAUGAUAUUGUCAUGAUUAUUACAAUAGGAAUCAUCACCAUCGACAUUAUUUAUUAAUGAGUUCACCCAUAAAAAGCUCAGUUGUUUUCUUUUUUUUUAUCUGUGAAUUCAGGUUGACAUGAAUGUAAAUGAGACUAUUUUUGAUUUAAAUCUUUUGUUUUAAUUUAAGUGGAUUGAAGAUGAAUAGUAAUGUCACAUAGUGUAAUAUAUGUCUUAUUUAAGUCCAGUAAGAAAGCCGCCCCAGGCAUUAAGAUCAUUACAGUGAAGGAUCACCUUAUAUAUCCAGUCAAAGAGCAGAACAGGGAACGCACACUCGUACACACAUGUUCACACUGAAACAAAAUACUAUGAUGCCAUAUUUAGUGCUAGAAAAGGGAAUUCACCAUAUCUAUGAUGCAGACUGCAGUGAGACCUCUAGAUUCACAAGAAAAUAUCUGUAAACCACUCACACCACAGGCUGCAGUGCAGCGUCUUAGCAGCUAUUUUAACCUUAAACGCCUGGUUAUCAUGCUUGGCUAUCCUAGCUCAUCCUCCAAAAUAUCACUGCUGUUCUAUAUCUGUAAUAAAAUGCCCUGUUACAGUUUGCCUACAAUGUAAAAUUGUAACCAAAAUGAAUAAUUGAGUUGAACUGAGACUGGUUCUCAGAUGAACUGCUACUGCUCAGCCUGUGGUCUUCCAAACCUUUAGAUAAACUCAAACCACAGACUAGAUCAAGCAAGAGCACUUAAGACUCACAACGUACUACUGAGAAAUGCAAACAUUGAGUAAGACGAAACACUGAAACAUGACAAGGGAACAUUGUUCAUCCGGGUUCCACUGCUAAAUCUGCAAGCCUCGCUAGUAGAUUUGCUAUUUUAAGGCAGCGUGCAUAUCAGUAAAGGAGAUAAAUAGCCUCACUGAUCUUUGCCCUUAUAAAGCAACCGUCUGACUGCCGAUGAGGUAAAGGGCAGACAUGAGAGAUUUUCAACAUAUGUCCAGGGAGUUGAGCUCGUUUCUGCCUCUGACAAACUGUAGGUCUCCCAUGGCAACAGGUUUACUGCCCACUGUAGACCCAGGAGGCUGCUGAAGAUGCUAUUGUUUCUUUUGUUGUUAAUUUUUUUGUUUGUGUCGUGUUAUUUUUUUACAAUCGGAGUACACUGAAUUUUUGUCUUAAUGCACUGUGAAGCGAGGGAGUGGUUCUCUCGGCCUAUGAGGUCAGGGAUGUAUGCUCUAGACGGCAUCGUGAUUGGAUGGUUUUUGUAUGGCAGGGGAAAAAAACACAUAUAUGAAAUAUAUGUAGAAUGCAUAUGAAGAACUUCACCAGAAAUGCACGUCAUAUCUGAAUACUGAAGGAGGAGAAAGAGACUAGGUCGAUGAAGAGGAUCAAUCAAUUGAGGUCACGAGUUGAGAUCAAUUAGAUUCUCCUUACUUUUUGUCUUGGAAAAGUGUUUUGUAAUUAGAGGGUGGGAUGUUGGGGGAGUGUUAGGUGUCCAGUAGCAGAUUAAAGAGACUGGAACAAAUUCUAAAUUCACUUUUCUAUCGCAGCUGUGUCUUUUUCAUAAACGGUUGAAAUUGAUAAUGUACUGUGCAUCCAAUGGGCAAAUCCCUGGACAGAUACUUAAGUCCAACAGGAGUCGAAGUGUGACAGAAUAUAAAAUACCAAAAAUGAGGAGGGCGCAUUUCAUUUAUUGACCUAAACAGCCUGGUGAGGGGAAGGAACUCCUCUAAGAUAUAAAAAAAACAACUUUUUGAUUCUUUUUAAACCAAUCCGACCCAAAAUCCUCCACUGUGCUAUCGAAUGUGUCACUCUGUUGGAGCGCCAGUGAGGGUUUAUCUCCACAGCUUGGUAAGGAGGCUUCUUUACUCCCAUUUAACACCAUCCACACUAUCCUCACCCUCCCUCCCACCCGUCCUCAGUCCUCCAGUGCACUCCCAUCCUGACACCCCCUCUCCUCCUACUACAUCGCUCCAUGGGUGACUAUGUCUGGUGUUACAAUCAAUGCAUGUCUGCUGCUUACCCUGACAAACACCGCAGAUUGAGUCUCUCUUCUCUUUGCCUCCUCGGGCGGCUGAGGCUUGGAGACACCCUGAUGCACCACCAUCAGAAAACGACCACACCUGCAGAGGAAGUUGUAGUUGAAGCUGGCAGGGCACAGUGCACAAGCACUCUUAUCUGUAGUUUAUUUUAUGACACUGAAGAGAAACAUUGUUCAUCAUUUGGAAUACCUUGAUGCACAAACAUAAAACAUACACAUAUCGUGAGGGAAUAUUUUGUCAUUGAUGGAGUUUGACUGGAUUUAUGUUUGGUAUUUUGUGGCAAAAACCUCAUAAGACCAGGGAAAAUGCUGUGCUUUUGUUCCACUGUAGAACUGAACUGUGCUGUAAACAGUCAUUAACUGAUUUUGCAUUUUAUUUAAUGCAUGUUAAGUCAGGUUUGAGCAGGUAGACUACUACUUGUUUUAUCAUUUAUCAAGCAAAAAUGGCAAACAUUUGCUUAUUACAGCUUUCCAAAUGAAAGGAUUUGGUGCUUUUAUAUCACUGUAAAUUGAAUAUGUUUGGGUUUCAGACUGUUGGUCAGACCAAACAAGCAAUUUGUAGACUGGAAACUUGUGAUAGGCAUUUUUCACACUUUUCUGACAUUUUAGAGUCUGAACAAAUAUUCAAUUAAUUAAAAUUAAGAUUUUGAAGAUUAAUCAAUUUAAAGAUAUGAAAAGUAUUGUUAUUUUCCUCCAUUAGGACAAACCUGUUUGUUUUCUGUGGAAAGCCAAAGGGUGCUGAUACUUUGCCAUAACACAGCAGGCUUAGUAUGUUGUCCAGUUUGCCUGGAAACCUUCAAGUUUCAUCGCUUACUUACUUUGGAUGUAGCACAGUGUGUUUACAGUGGAAAAACUGCAUUGAAAUUCCUGUAGGUGCCAGUUGAGUUGACAAUACAAGUCGUAAUUCUUUUUCAUCUCAUCAAUUAAACCUUAGAAAGAUGUUUUUUGAUUUGUCUUUUACACGGCGGCCACUCUCUUUAGUUAUCUUAAUGUUAGGGGAUCGAGAUAAAAUGUGAUGAGUACUGGAAGCAAUACACGUAGUGGCAUGUUGUCUUGUCCUGUCCUUUAUCCUCUGUCUGCCGUAGGAGCUUUUGGAUUUACCUGUAGAUGUUGAAUAGGUUUACAUGAGUAAACUUUUUUAAUUUGUGGGAAAUGCUGCUAUUCAAUAAUAACUGAUGUACUAAAAAUACAAGGUUAAAACAUAUCGAAAUCUGUCCUUUAGCUGGAGAGGCUAGUCUCAAGUGGCAGUGUAAUACACGCUCUGUUUUAAGCUGACGAUAAGUUAAUAAUAGUGUAAUUCUAACCAGAACAAGUUAAACCUGUGCCAAAAUAGGUCUUUACAGAGUGAAGCUGUAAAUGUGUUGAAUUAAACUACAUUACAUAAGAGGAGACAUACUUUUAUAUUAAGAAAAUGUGAAAAGUGCCAAAUGAACCAUAUUUAUAAUUUACACAGGAAGGGAGUAGUCCACGUGACAGUUUAUAAGAACUAGGUAGGCUAACGGCCAAAGCGCCGCAGUAUAGACUUUUGUUUAAGCCCUCUCUGUUCCUGCCACAAGAGGAGGGACCGCCAUGUUAGCCAAGUGUUAGCCAGUCCUCUUGGAACUACCCUUCCCAGAAUGCAACAGCACUAUGACUCUGGGGCUAGACAAAUCAAUAUAGUGAUAGGUUAGCAUAAUUAUGCUAAAAAAUGUGACUUGAUAGCAUUCUUAAAUACAACCUUUUAUAGUUACAAUGAAAAUGUAUUUUGUGGAAAUAGAUGUUAUCUUUUUUGCACGUCUAUAUUGCAUGAUAUCAAAGUGAAGCGUGGACAAAAAAAAAGGAAAAAAAUCAAAGAAACAAAAAAGAAGUGACAAAAAAAUUAGGCAGUGUGUGUCAUUCAUUUUUCGGAGACAAAUCUUUGCAUGCCAAUAAAGAUAGAACAUUUUGAUAUUGUUUUACACGCGUUCAAAUGUUCGUUGUUUUUCGAUGCGACCACGUUGAGUCCACUGGCCAAAGGUGAACAAAAUGUUUGAUUUUGACGUCACAACAGAAUGAGUAUUUUGUCGUUAAGUUGUAUAACCAUCCUCAGAGGAAUACAAAUAAAACUCUCGAACAAACCUAAGACUAUUUUGCUACUUGCUGAGCGAGCUUGUACUAAAAAAUUCUCAGUUGCUGGCUAACUUUAGAAAGAAAAAUUAGGAUUUCAUUUAAAAUAAAGACUGAGGUUGUCCAUGAAUGUACUCACCUCUGCAUAAGUUUGCAUAUCACUCCUCUGACCAUUGACGUGCAGUAGAGGCUUCCGUGUGUUUUCGUGUGUUUUUGUACUCUAACAUUACUAACCCUCGACGCACUUUGUCGAGCUCUCAGUAUAACUCUGUUGUCUGUCCUUUUACCCCCCCACGCUCUGAGCUCUGGCUUGUCUUGUCAUUGAUAUGCACCUUAUUGACCUCAAAUAUGACAUGGAGCAUCUUCGGCCCCACCCAGUGUGUUUCAACAGGGUUGGGAGAGAUUUGUAAUGAGAGAGUUUGUGAGAAAGAGAGGUGAAAACUCCCCUCCCUCACCUACAAAUCCACAAAAACAAACACACAUACAAGUCUGUCUGCUGCACUGUCUCCCUUGGGUGCCUCGCUGCAGAAUUUGGGCCAGAUUGUGUUUUCACUCCCUUAAUAUGCAAUCCAAGGCGCUCUGAUCUCCGGGAGAGAAACAACACUGAACAUUGCCAGUGUGUUUUCAAAGUGGUACUGUUUUGAAUCCUGAUCCCGCCCUCUCUCUCUCUCUCUCUCUCUCUCUCGCUCUCGCUCUCGCUCUCGCUCCUCUGUCUAUUUUCCCUGUUAAGUUCAAUUAGAUGCUUUAUUGGCUUCAGUGUCAAACAAAAAAAAGAGACAUUUUAAAGUCUGUCCACCUCUCUUACUCUCUCAUUCCUUAUUAUGCAUCCAGAAACCAGAGUAUUUUCAGUGUGGUCAUGUUUUGUAUCCUGACAGAUGUUGUCAUGGGAAAUGGCCCACUUCCUACAAAACUCCCCAAAAAUAAAAAAAAAAUAAAAUUUCCACUUCUGCUCCUAGCGACGUGUUUGCACUAAACUUUCUGCUGUUAUUGUGCAUGGCAGGCCGAGCUGAGGUGGGGGUCAGUGUGCAAGACUACUGUAGAUGUGUAGCCUUACUGUAGGUGUUUAUUCAGCAGUGUAUUUAGAUGUGCAUGCUCCUCUCUCUCCCUCUCUCUGAGUUUGUCUGCUUUAGGCCAGCUCCGUGCUCAUGGUGUCUGUGUUGCGACAUAGCCGGCUAGUCAUGUUUUUUUCUUUCUUUUUUUAUUGUGAUGUGUAGAGGAAUGCAAAUGUAAUUCUCACCUGCUCGCCAGGUGACCUCAUUGCUUCUCAGUGGGUGUGGCUCUUCGACAUAGUCCUCAGCUAUUGUUUAUUGCCCCUCCCCUCCACCGCCACUGCCCCACCCACCUCCACAAACUCAAACUCACUCUCACCCACACCCACCACUGACCCUCCGACCUCUUCAAACACCCUCUAAGAUAUAUUAUGGGACCCCGCUCUUCCCCUUUUCCAAUCCCCCUUCCUCCCCCAGCUCGGGCCCCAUCAAAGCACCAGCAACUGUAGAAUGCAUUUUUCAUAUCACUGUUUUUCUGUUCCUUCUUCUCGUUCUCUGUUGAUUUUUUUUCCUGGUUUUGAUUUGUACUGUAUGCUCUGUCUAACCUAGACCAGUUUUAACAAAAUGCCAUUUCUGUGUGUAGCCUGUUUACCCCUCCACACACACACACACACACACACACACACACACACACACACACACACUCUUCCAUGCCCUCUUUUUUGCACUUUCACUGCCCACUCCUCCUCCUUGCCCAAACAUACACACACUUUCCUCCUCCGCCUCCCACGAGUCUCUUCUCUCGAGUGCCAAAAUAGAACAGAGAGGAAAAAACAAAACAAAAAAAGACAACAACAACAACAACUACCAUUCCAAGCGUUUCUUUGAGUUGUUCUUGUGUGUCGGACAUCCAUCCUGGAAGCACCCAUGAAGCCAGCAUGCUCCGCCCUCAUAACAUGAUGUCGCUCAUGACGCCUCAACUGAACAGCACCUUGCCCCCCACCACCACCACUCCUCCUCCUCCUCCUCACCACCCCCCACAGAGCUAAACCCGACAAGGAUUAACCCCUCUGCAGGUUGGCUACCUACCUACUGUCCUGCCUCUCAACCUACCUAAAAAAGCCCUACCGCUCAUGCCAGCUGCUUUCCUAAUUCUGUCAUCUCUUCAGCCUGUGGGACUUCAUUGAUUGUGUGCCAUAGUGUUGGGGGCACCUUUCACUCUCCUCACCUUCCCCUCUUUCUACCCGCCCUCACCUUUUCUCUCUCUCUACCCCCACCCCCACCCCCUCUCGCUCUCGCUCCAUUUGAUUUUUCUCGAUGGGAAAGAUUCAAAAACUUCAUUUCCUAAUGAUGAUUUUUUUUUUUGUCGUUUAACAUCCAAACCACGCACGCCGACACAUGCACCGCCCCUGUGCGGUGGUGUGGGGAGUGUUUACGUAUCGUCAGCUGCGCAGCCAUCCUCUGUCUUCUUGAACUUUUUGAACUUUCACACCCUCAUGAACUUUAUUGACCUUCUUCCCCCUCCUCCUACCCCCCUUCUGUGUUCAUCCAACUGUUUGGACGAUAACUCUCCAUUCCAUCCCCAAAAACCUCUCUGAGACUGUGCAAUGCUAGCUGAUAUGACUGGAUUUUUUUGUUUGUUUGUUUGUUGCUCAUCAUUGGGGACAAUUCUCUGAGAUAAGUCGAAAAAGAACAACAAAAAACAUAUGAAAGGAAGAAAAAAACAUCUAAAAAAAAGAAAUGCAGACAAACAAAAAAAAAACACUAAACAACUGUUUCUCCACAAUUAAAUUUUUUUUCUCUCUCAUUGUAAAUAUUUUUGUCAGAUUUUUGCCGAGCUGUAAAGAGAGAAGUGUUGAGCAGAAAGGGGCCGGCAGCAUAAAGAGGUACUAGUGGACGCAGUAGUCGAUCAUUACACUUUUCAUCCUCUGUAUCCAAUAGUUAGGUCUGCCUGUAUAAUCGGCUAUGCUAGUUCUACUGUGUUAACCUGUGCUGUUGUUAUUAGUGUUGAUUUACCUACUGUAUUCGCUGUUUAGCUUCCAUGUUGGCUAGCAAACUCUUUAGAUACCUGUGCUCAUCGAAUAAUAAUACUAACCUUGAGAAGUAGUCCGAGCCAUUAUCAACGUAGGCUUGUUUUUGUACAUUUGUUGAUGUUUUCCUAACAGUGAGUUGUAGUGGCGCUAGUAUCUUUUAUCAUCAAGCCAUAGUUAUUGAAAAUGCUUGGUCAUGUUAGAGACAUAUCAUCGUGGAAAACGGCUCGACUCGGCUCCUCCAGGUUGGAAAAAAACCCAGGGAGGUGGACAAAAGAAAAUUAAAAAAAAAAAAAGAAAUGAAGCUCCUCCCGGGCAAAACGAGGAAGCUGAGCUGCUGACUUUUGUGCAAUACAGUCCUAGUUUACAUAACAUAGAAUGAUAGUUUAGAGAUGAUUAACCUCUGCAGGUGCCGCUCAACCAUCCCGUUGCCUGCAGAACCAACCUUGUGGCAUAUCUCCAUAUUUCACCUGUACAUCAGAGACAUUUUGAAAGUAUUAAAGUGACUGCGUGAGAUUAGACUCCACCAUUUCAUUGCAUUGCUCUGAGCUCCACUCUUGAUUUAUGCUGCCUGCCCCAUUGCCCUGAGAACACCACAUGAGCUAUUUAUUUCUCAGACUAUUAUUAUUAUUAUACUAUUAAUAAAUAACAACGCAACAAGAAAAAGGGAACGACUGGAAAAGGGUGAAUUAAUAUUAGUAUUGUUUUGUUUUUAUUUUUAGUAUUUUAGUGGUUGCUUUUAACAACAUUCAUUAACUGACUUAAAGAGUAUUGAAUAUUUAAUGUAAUUGUAGCAUUGUGUUUGUAAAGAGAAAAAAAACCUAGUGAGUUGUGUUUCUUGACUUGUGGAUUACCAGUGAAGUGGGCAAUCUAGUGCUAUUAUAUAUGAGGUCUUUUUUUAAGGAUUCUUAUUUUGCGACAGCAACAGCAGUCAUUAUAAAUGUUCAUUUUAGCAUCA